GCUUGAGAACGCUCGUGCAAUUCGGAAAGCGCGAAGGCCGAGAUGAGUCUCUUGGUCUUGUUCAUAUAAGGUAUUGAAUCAGUUUCCUUUCAGUUGAACAUCAUCCAGCGGACAUCUCGAGCUUCCAGAACAGAGCAAAAGAAAAGAAGUCAAAAGUCAAAAUUUCAAGUCACAUCUCCAAACAUGUCUCCAGGAGCUACCGAAACUGUCGAGCCUGCCGCCGUGCAGCUGACUGACUCUGCCCCGGUCCAGAGUGCUCCCUUUCCAACUCUUGCCGGCAAAGUUGCGCUCAUCACUGGUUCCGGUCGCGGUAUCGGAAGGGGAAUGGCCCUUGAGUUGGCCGCCCGAGGUGCCUCAGUCGUUGUCAACUAUGCAAAGAGCGCCGACAAGGCGAACGAGGUAGUGAAGGAGAUCAACAAGCUCGGCAGCAAGGCUAUUGCGCUCCAGGCCGAUGUCAGCAAGCCGGAAGAGAUCUUCGCCCUGUUCGAGAAGGCGGUGGCUCACUUCGGCCACCUGGAUAUUGUCAUCUCCAACUCGGGAACGGAGGUUUGGUCCAGAGAGGAAGAUGUCACACCAGCCGAUUUCGACUACAUUUUCAACAUCAACUGUCGGGGACAGUUCUUCGUCGCACAGCAGGGUCUGAAGUACCUGGGCCGUGGUGGUCGUAUCAUCCUCAUGAGCUCGGUGGCCGCCACCAUGAGCGGUGUUCCAAACCAUGCGCUGUACGCUGGUAGCAAGGCCGCAGUGGAGGGAUUUACGAGAUCCUUCGCGGUUGACUGUGGUGAGAAAGGUAUCACCGUCAACGCGAUUGCACCCGGCGGUGUCAAGACGGAGAUGUUCGAUGCAAAUGCAUGGCAUUACGCACCCGGCGGUUACCCUGAGAUGCCCAUGGAGCUUAUCGAGAAGGGAAUCGCCAGCCUGUGCCCUCUGAAGAGAGCCGGCGUACCAGCUGAUAUCGCCAGAGCGGUCGCACUGCUGGUCAGCCCCGACAGCGAAUGGAUAAACGGUAAGCAAAUACAUCUACCUGACGCAGUUAUUACGCUCUUACUAAGAUUUUUUGCUCCUAAAGGUCAAGUCAUCAAGCUCAGCGGUGGCUCUGUCGCGUAGGUGGCACCAUGAAUGAUGAACGUACACGGUACACGAUAGGAGGGGAUAAUGUAUCUUAUUCUCAUGCAGCGAGAGCCUUAGAAGUCGUACAUACGACCCCCACACAUAAUAUACUAGACGA